AAAGUAAUGAUCUUGCAAAAAAUGAUUUGCUUAUGUGUGAGCAUGUUUGGUUCUGCAUGUCAAGACAACUUCCUAUUUAAACCACCACUACUUAAAGCAAGUUCCUGUAGAGUUCCAGUGCCUAUUCUCGUCAUGGCUGAUGGUGAGAAGGUGAUCUAUACUUCCCUGGAGGUGCUCAUCGCUGUAGGAUGCUGCCUGGGGAACGUGCUGGUGAUCUGGGCGGUGUGGUCUUGCCGUGCCUUGAGUCAGACCACGUUCUGUUUCGUCGUGUCUCUGGCGGUGGCUGAUCUUCUGGUGGGAGCGGUGGCUGUGCCUCUCGCAGUGGUGGUUGAUGGACGCUUGGAGACUAGUUUUUACUGCUGCCUCUUCAUCAGCUGUGUGGUCAUUGUGUUGACCCAGGCCUCCGUUCACUCCCUGCUGGCCAUCGCUGUGGACCGAUACCUGCGUGUUUAUAACCCUCUCAGGUACAGAGGAGCAGUCAAAAAGAAGCACUUGUGGGCCGCGGUCACUGUAUGUUGGCUCUCUGCUUUUAUACUAGGUCUCAUCCCCAUGUUCGGAUGGCACAACAAAAACACCACAACAGCUGAAAACUCCACUAUUACGUGUCGUUUCAUCAUGGUUAUAGACAUGUCCUACAUGGUCAACUUCAACUUCCUCGCUUGCAUCCUUACACCCACCAUCAUCAUGAUGAUCCUGUACUUGUUACUCUUCAAUAUGAUAUCCAAACAACUGAGAAAAGGAGUCGGGCGCCCCGUGGAGUCCAGGUCGUUUUACCAUAAGGAGCGGAAACUGGCCAAUUCUCUGGCUUUGGUUCUGGUUCUGUUUGUCGUUUGUUGGCUCCCGCUGCACAUAAUGAACGCGCUGGACUACUACACAAGUGCAGAAGUGCCCGUUGUCGCCUUUUACAUCGGCAUCCUCCUCUCUCACGCUAACUCCGCCGUUAACCCCAUAGUGUACGCAUUCAAGGUCCCUAAGAUCAAGAUGGCAUAUAAAAGCAUCCUGAUGAAGCUGACAAGCUCGGAGCAGAAGGGAGAUCAGAGCAGCCAGACUUUGGAUAACAACGUCAGCAGCAACUCGAACAGCACCGCCAGGUGCAGCAUGAAAAUAAAACCACAAGUCGUUCUGAUCGCAAAUCAGGACGGUUAGCAUUAGUCUGCCAUCACGUACAAUAAGUACAAUAAGUAAGCAAGGCUAGAAGUCAAAAGUUAAAAAAAAUUAUCCAGCAGUGAAUUUGCAUAUGCCUUGCUUCUAAAUUAGAAUAUUUUUCUGAGUUUUAACAUCCAAAAUACACUGUAAUUCUAGGUGCUGUCAUAUUUGUACUAAACAAAAAAAAUGUAAAACUGCUCUGAGAUACCUAAAAACAAAGACCAACUGUAGAAUGAAGAGGCUGAACUGUUUUUCAUAAAUGUAUUUAUGAAAUGGUAUAUAUGUAUACAAAU